UACCAUUCAAUUGGACUGAGAAAUUCAUUCAUCGAAUUGCAACGAGGCGUGAAAGAUCGUUUUUUCAUAGUCGCAGUGAGCAUUAAAAAUAUAAAAACAAAAAAAUAAAAAUCAAAAAUUGUGUGGAACAAACUUUACAAACAAAAAAAAAACUUAAAAACGAAUCACAGCGAGCAACCUCUGAGCAUACGUACGUGCAUACAUACAUACAUACAUCUUUGUGUAUAUUCGUAUAAACAAAACGCUCAACGUAAUAGGGUAAUUAAAUAUUUGCGGCUAAUUUGGAGAUUUGUUUAAAAGGAAACACUGCAUAAUUAAGAACAUUCAGUUGUGAACGAACUGGCGCGCAGUCAAGUGUAGCAAAGAAACAUUUGGACAUUUUUUGGAAGCUCGUGAAUUUUCAAGAUUUUAUUACUUUCGCUAAUAUUCAUUCUCCCAAUCGCAAAAAAAGCGAAACGUUUUAAGUGCUUAAAAUCGACUAGUAUUUUUGUGUUUAGUAAAGUGGAAUCCGUUGUGUGAAAAAUUAAGCUUUAAGCUGGUUGUUUUAUUGUUCAAAACAACAAAUUGUAUUUAAAAAAAAACUUUAACGCAAACAUUAACCAACAUAAAAAAUAGCAUGUCCUGCAAAGUUUUCUCAUACCUGCUGAGUGUUCUACUGAUUGCACAGGUACCGAUAAAUGGCAUCAGUGCCGGCACGGAUGACAACCUGAUCGACAAUGUGCCAGAAUACUACCUGAUGCAAGGCGUGAAAGUCUACCCUGGUGACCGUGAAUGCGCCUUGGUUGGUGGUUUAUGUGUGCACACCAGUGACUGUUUGGAACCGACUACGAAUCGUGGACUCUGUCCAUCCAAUACACAUCGUGGCGUCGAGUGUUGCUACGAAUUGCCACUGAGGCCCGCACCGUGUGAACAGCAUUUGGGCAUCUGCAUGGAUAGAUGUGCCGAGGUCCUACAGCGACCCGGUACCGAUUGCCAAGGCAGACAGGUUUGCUGUGUCUUAAUCUAAGCCUAAAGAGAGUUGCCGCAACUUUCGGACGUGUGCGCAAAUAAUGGAUAUAACUAAACUAAUAUAUU